AGGCUCUACCUUACGGACUAUUGGAAGUUUUAAGACACUGGAUUGUAGUUAACUUCCUUGUUUGUAAACAUAGGAAAAUGAAUUGCCUUUUCUCUGUUUCUUUUUUAACCCUCUUGUCUUUCCCAGCUCUUCCCCCAAAAAGAACCUUACAGCUGACUCUCCAAGAGUUUAAAAACAACCAUUAUGUCCUUUGGAGGGAGAGGGGGUCAAGUUUAGAGGUUAACAGUGCUGAAGCAUUAAAAUAAUCAAUUUUACAAGUUAUGUGUAAGCCAGAAAACUGAGGGACAUUUCUUACCAAGCCAUGACAAUGUACUGCCUUAAUUUCAUAAUAAAAAUUGCCCAAGUGACAGUGUGUCUGCUGAAUGGAUUUCCUUACACCACCUGGUUGUCAUUGCGAUUUUUUGUUGUUGCUUCAUUUGAAAUGUGCUGAUGAUCUUGUUUUUAUUCCAUAGCAUUGAACAGAUGGGUUGAUUAUUCUUUUCAGAUAUUAAUAAGGCAGCGGAAAGAAGAAAUAUGAAUACGGCUCCAUCCAGACCCAGUCCCACACGAAGGGAUCCUUAUGGCUUCGGAGACAGUCGAGAUACGAGACAUGAUCGUUCCCCGAUUCGAGGAAGUCCAAGGAGAGAACCCAGGGAUGGCAGGAAUGGCCGGGAUGCACGGGACCACAGAGACAUGCGGGACCACAGAGACAGCAGAGACAUGCGAGACCCCAGAGACAGCAGAAGCAUGCGUGAUGCUCGGGACAUGAGAGAUGUUAGAGACUUCCGUGAUCUAAGAGACUCUAGGGACUAUCGAGAUCACCGGGAACCUGUGUAUGACAGAUACAGAGACAUGAGAGACUCCCGAGAACCUGUGUACAGGAGAGAAGGCUCUUACGACAGAUACGUGCGGAUGGACGACUAUGGCAGAAGGAAGGAAGACUCUUACUUUGACCGGUACAGAGAUAGCUUUGAUGGACGAGGCCCUCCAGGCCCAGAAAGUCAAUCUCGUGCGAAAGAGCGUUUGAAACGUGAGGAGCGGCGUAGAGAAGAACUUUAUCGUCAGUAUUUUGAUGAGAUUCAGAGACGCUUUGAUGCUGAGAGGCCUGUCGAUUGUUCUGUAAUUGUGGUCAACAAGCAGACUAAAGAUUAUGCGGAAUCUGUGGGACGGAAGGUGCGAGACCUAGGCAUGGUGGUGGACUUGAUCUUCCUCAACACAGAGGUGUCACUGUCACAAGCCUUGGAGGAUGUUAGCAGGGGAGGGUCUCCCUUUGCUAUUGUCAUCACCCAGCAGCACCAGAUUCACCGUUCUUGCACAGUCAACAUCAUGUUUGGAACCCCCCAAGAGCAUCGCAACAUGCCCCAGGCAGAUGCCAUGGUGCUGGUGGCCAGAAAUUAUGAGCGCUACAAGAAUGAGUGCCGGGAGAAGGAACGGGAAGAGGUUGCCCGACAGGCAGCCAAGAUGGCUGAUGAGGCCAUUGUGCAGGAAAGGGAGCGAGGUGGCCCUGAAGAGGGAGUGCGUGGGGGGCACCCUCCAGCCAUCCAGAGCCUCAUCAACCUGCUGGCAGACAACAGGUACCUCACUGCCGAAGAGAAUGACAAGAUUAUCAACUAUCUGCGAGAGCGGAAGGAGCGGCUUAUGAGGAGCAGCACCAACUCUCUGCCUGGCACGAUUUCCCGCCAACCACUUGGGGCGACCUCGGGUGCCUCACUGAAGACACAGUCGAGCUCCCAAACGCUCCAGAGCGGCCAAGCACUCCCCUCUGCUACCCCCACUCCAGCUGCAGCCUCCACUUCCCAGCAAGAGCUUCAGGCCAAAAUCCUCAGCCUCUUCAAUAGUGGCUCAGUGGCAGCCAAUAGCGGCUCUGCAUCCCCCUCAGUCGCUGCUGUGAGCGCUCAGAACCAAAAUUUUUCCACAGCAGUCAACAGCCAGUCUCAGCAAAGAUCACAGGCCUCUGGCAGUCAGCCUCCAGGCAUUUUGGGACAGGCAGGAUCUGCCCGGAACAUGGGCCCCAGGCCUGGGGCUCCUUCCCAGGGGCUCUUUGGCCAGCCUUCCAGUCGCUUGGCACCUGCCAGCACCAUGGCUAGCCAGAGGCCCGUGUCUUCCACAGGUAUCAACUUUGACAAUCCAAGUGUACAGAAGGCUCUGGAUACCCUGAUCCAGAGUGGCCCUGCUCUCUCCCACCUAGUUAGCCAGACCACAGCACAGGUGGGACGGCCCCAGGCCCCCUUAGGAUCUUACCAGAGGCAUUACUGAGGUUAAACCUCUUAACUAUUCCUGUGCCCCUCAUCCCCUGGCCGCCCGCCCACUUA